AUGGAAUACUCGAACACACACGUUGAGGAUGAUGUUGAAACCACUGGGUCAACAAUAAUGGCUAGUCCAACCACUUUAGAUUUUAACGAAUCUUGGGUAACUGAUCUACUCCCAGAAGAAUUAUUACCUGGCGAUUUAUUUCCAGAAGGACUAUUACCUGGCGAUUCAUUUCCAGAAGGACUAUUACCUGAAGACUUAUUUCCAGCCGACUCAAUUCUAGACGAUUUGUUCACAGACGGAAACUUCUGUCGUGCUACAGAUACAAUUCAUCCAAGCAAUAAUCUACCAGUAAACGAUAAUAGCCCAAAUCAAUGGUUACCGCCAUUGCAAUCGGCCAAUGACAGUCAUACGUGUCUAACAAUCAAAGAUGGGUCUAUUGCAUCAGAACUUUUGCACAUUCCAUUGGAUGAGCAACGAGAUACUAGUGUAAUCAUUGAUGAUGGACUAGUUGGUGACAAUUAUAAUACAUGUCAAAGUCCCGAUUUUAAAAAUACUCUGGUGUUUCAACAAAUAAUUGGAGACCAAAAUGGAACUGCGUACGGCAUGAAUCCGUCUAUUUUUGAAAUUAUUGAUGGCAUCAUGUCGAUGAAACAGCAACCAAAAGCGAACAAACGUGUUCGUUAUGAAAGUGAUGGUAGACGAUUUCUACCGGAUUCCAGAUAUCAUCCAAUGUCUUUAAAUUUACCCAAUUUACAGCUCAUUACAUUAGCUGACAAUCAAACUCUUGGCGUCAUCAUAACGAUCGUAACGAGUAUCGAUAAUCCAAACUAUUCAACCUACGUACAUGCAAACGAUAUUAUUUAUCGUGACGAAGGGGUUAUUCAAAUAGCUCAUGGAUGCUGUUUCGUUCCUUUGAAAUCAAAGGAUAUAAAAAAUGGCGUCAAGGAAUUCCCACGAUUAUCAAUCGUAUAUAAAAAAUAUAUUAAUUAUACGUUUGAUGUUACACCGUUUGAUCCACAAACAAUGUUUGGCAUAACACAGACUUAUAUAGUUCCCAACGAUAACACGAUGGAGAAAGUUGCUAAAGGCAAACUAUUUAAAAUAGAUUUUAAUUUAGCUUCAUACAAAUUGAUUUUUCAACUUGCGUUGAAAGAAAAUAAUUCAAUACAUAUAUCAAAUAUUUCAUGUCAAACUGAAGAUAUCCACGAACAACUACCAAAAGAAAUAUCCGGUAAACGAAGAGUCUCAGAUUCACCUGAAAAUUAUUCAGACGAUGAUAUAGAGAUCGAAUUAAAAAAUUUAACUAAAUCGAAAAAAUUUAAAUCAUCAACACCACGAUUUGGUGAACUUCCGGUGACAAGAGUUUCAAACCGGUAUACAACAGAAUCCGAUAUCAAUGAUCAACAGUGA